UCCUUUUCGUCGUAAUAAUAAAUAAGAUUUUUGUUUGUUUAUUUGUUUUAAUUUUGUUGUUGUUGCUGUUGUUAAUCAUUAAUGAUAAUGAUUCUCUCUCGAUAAUCCUGGCAGCAGUUUAAGUUGUUUUUCUUUUUUUCUUUUCACAAUUUUUAUUUUUCAAUUUCGCUGCUAUAAUCAUUAGAUAAACAAAUAGGUUUAGAUAGAUUACCCCAAAGCAAAAAAAAUAACAACAAAAACGAUUUUUCUUUCAAAACAUUUGAAAAUUCUAUCAUUUUCUCUGGUCCAAAAGCAAUCAAUGUGAUCCAAUGAAUCGUGAUUCAGAUGCCAAAUUCAAUAAUAACCAACAUCAUCAUCAGCAACGAUAUAUAAUCUUAUCAUAUAGAAAUCGAUCAUUGAAAAGAGAUUUAAAAUCCUUUCAUAAUUCGAAUACUUCAAUAUCGAAAAAUGAAGAAUACAAUGAUAAUCAAUCGAAUAUAAUUGAUUGGAAAAAUAUACCAUUGGUGAUAUUAUACAAAAUAUUUGCCUAUCUUUCAUCAAACGAACGUUUACAAGCAUCUUCAACUUGUAAUUCAUGGCGAAAUGUUAUCUAUCAUUCAACAUUAUGGCCACAAAAACAUUUAAAAGUCAAUCUUUGUCCGCACAAAUUUGUGUUGAGCGAAAAUGAACAACAGCAUCAAAGCCAACAACAACAACAACAACGACAGCAACAACAAUCUUUAUCAUAUGGAUUUAAUACAUUUCGACUGCAAGAUUCAUACCUUUAUCAGCAACAUAUUAAUAAUCUAACCUACAUGAAAUUAAGUAAUGAUAAUUUAAAUAAUCGUAAACCAAAUCGAAAAAAUUUCAAUGAACAGCUAAAAUUAUUCAUACAAAAAUGUUCACGUUUUUUGAAUGGCAUUACAUUUUAUUUCGAUCCAAAUUCGUCACAUAACGUAUUAGAUUUGAUCAAGAUAAUCAAAUUUUUAUCUGAAAAUGAAGUUGCUAUAUAUGAAUUGAAUGAUAAUCGUCAGAAUUUUUAUGCCAAUUGUCGUAAUCUUAAAUAUUUUUCAAUUAUUCCUGUGACUACAUUAGUGCGGUGCGCUUCCGAUCAACGUUUUAUGUCACUUUAUUCUGGUCUGACUGAAGCAAUUCGUUUUCUAUUUUCUAAAUGUAAUCAAUUGGAACAUGUAUCGUUUGGUGAUUUACAUGAACUUAUUCAUUCAAGUGAUGCUUUUUUAGCACAAUUUUUUAAAACUGGUGUACAUCAAAAAUUACAAUGUCUACAUUUAAGUUCAAUCAAAGGCGAUAUUGUUCGAUAUAUGCCGCAACAAAUCACAAUGCUUGAACAUCUUGAAAAAUUCCAUUCAUUAAAUCAUUUAUCAUUAGAUUUUGAUGUGCUCAAUACAAAAGUAAUCAGUAUUUUAAGCAAACUUGAUACACUUCAAUCAUUAUCAAUCAACGUACAUCGUUUUAAUCGUAAUCAUCCUGGUAUCUCGUCAUCAGCCUGGUCACGAAUUGUGACAAUUCUGCCAAAUCUAAGUGUGAAUCUCAAUCUGUUGCAUACUGAGAGCAAUAAUUUUCAAAUUAUCAUCGAUUCAUUAUUGAAUACCGAAAUGCCUCUCAAACAUUUUAAAGCAUAUUAUCUUGAAUUUAAGGAUGAAAAUUCAUCGACAAUACUUUGUAAUAUGCUUGAAAUACUUAGUCGAGCUCAAAUGAAUACUCUUGAAUCGUUGACAUUGAUCGAUCAUUUGAAUAGUCCUAAAAAUCAUUUAAAAGUUGUUACACCAAACGUUUUAAUCAUGCUUUGUUGGCGUUGCCGAAAUCUUAACAAUCUUACUGUCAUUGGUUAUGAAACAACCGAUAGAGAUAUUAUUGCAAUGGCUCGAUUGCGUGGUGGAUCUCUUCAUUCUUUUCAUUUUCCUUCUUGUUGUAUACAGUUGAGCGAAAUAUUCACUAAAUAUAAUUAUAAUUCAUCGAUUUUUAAUGAAUCUUUCACCAAUUUUGAUUUGGCUAAUCCAUAUGCACAACGCAGUUUUCGUAAUGCUGUUUCAAUACCAUUAAAACGUAAUUGGCAACCAAUACCUACUAAUAAAAUACCAGAAGUAAUAGUCACCGGAUUUCUUCCGCAAACAACUUAUCAUCGAACAAUUUUAGAACAGAAAAAUAGUCAUUGUAUUCAUUGAUCUUUUAUAUUUUUCUUGCUCGUCAUUCUAAUCAUCAAAUUAAUUCAUAAUUAUAACAUCUUGUAGGAAAUUACAAACGAGUACUGUGAUCAAGAACAAAAAAAAAUCAUCCUUUGAGAAAUAGUGAGAAAAAAACAAUGUAAAUUAUCUCAUAGGAACAAAAACUUAAAUUCCUGAUGAGUAUUCCAGUGGCCAUCUUUAUAA